AUGAAGCGCCGGUCGUUACUGCUUGCAGUGUUCGUUGUUGUGGAUGUCGCCUGUUCGGUGUUAUCGAUGGGAUUCUACUCUGACUCGUGGACAUUCGACUUUGACCUCGUAUUCAAAUACCUCACCUUCAUCGAUGGCUACAAUUAUUUGACGAAUCCUAUGGAUUUUGUUUUUCUAUCAAUUCUGCGACUCGUUCUUCUACUCACGGCCGUGACUUUGAUCACUUUUCAUCAUGACAACUAUGCCAAAGCUAUGUUCAUGCCAAUGGUUGGCUUUGCGACAUUCUGCUAUUCCUACACUCUAGUGAAAUUUCUCGCCUUUUCUGAAGAUGUCAGAAUGAUGCGGUAUCCGGGAAUAUGGUUGUCAGGCACAUGGUCAAUGACAGCAGCGCUGCUUUUCUCUCUUAUUUGGUACUUCAUCAUCUCCGCUCAUGAUUUUGACUACCAGCGAUUGGUUUCCGAGCGUAUAAACGGGAUCACAUCUCCACAGGACACCACCGACGUUGAAGCUUCAACUGGAAGAGCAGCUGAAUCAAGUCCUCUUGUCCCAUCUACGAAACGAAUAAGUACAUUGGAGCAUAUCCGAGCUCUUCUCAAAUACUGUCAAAACCAGUGGGUAUGGUUUACGCUGGGAUUCAUUUUCCUCGUCAUAUACGCUGUCGCUCGUGUGUUCAUUCCGAGCUUUACCGGUCAAGUAAUAGCAAAUAUUGUUAAAAAAGCUGGAAUUGCCUCGCUGGUUCGCUCUGUGACUAUCAUGGGUCUGCUUACUAUGGUCAGCACACUUUUCGGUGGAUUGCGUGGCGGUUGUUUUGACUACGCAACAGCGCUUGUCAGUCGCCAAGUGCGCCUGGAUUUGUUCCGAUCAUUGGUCAAUCAGGAUAUCGCAUUUUUUGAUGUUACAAAAUCCGGCGAGAUAGUUUCUCGUUUGACAGCUGAUUGCCAAACGAUGUCAACGACGGUGUCAACCAAUCUCAAUGUUUUUCUACGUAACGGUGUCAUGCUUAUCGGUGCUCUUGUCUUCAUGUUCGUUAUGUCGUGGCGUUUGUCAUUGGUCACAUUCAUUGCGAUUCCUCUUGUUGGAUUCAUAACUAAGUGGUACGGAGCCUACUACGACGUUAGCAAGAAAGUUCAUCGACGAAAUCCGGAAUGA